AUGGGAAAGAGGUGCUGGAUUCUGACAACUAAAUGCAAUUUGUACUGUAUCAAUGUACGGAGCACAGGUUGGGAAAGGGAAACGCCCAACAAAUCUACCAACGUCGACAAGUCCAUCAAUCCAGCACACUCAGACUCCAGCCCAGCGCUCUACCACAGGACUACCACUUGCCACACUUCAGGCGACCGCUCUACCACAGAGCUACACCCGGCCACACUUCAGGCGACCACUCUACCACAAGGUUACACCACACCGCGCUUUAGACAACCAGCUACACCUCGCCGCAUUUUAGACGACAACUCUACCACAGAGCUACACCCCGCCGCACUUCAGGCGACCACUCUAUCACAGAGCUACACCCAGCCGCACUUCAGGCGACCACACUACCACAGAGCUACACCCCGCCGCAUUUUAGGCGACCACUCUAUCACAGAGCUACACCCAGCCGCACUUCAGGCGACCAAACUACCACAGAGCUACACCCCGCCGCAUUUUAGGCGACCACUCUAUCACAGAGCUACACCCCGCCACACUUUAGGCGACCACACUACCAGAGCUACACCCCGCCACACUUCAGGCGACCACUCUAUCACAGAGCUACACCCCGCCACACUUCAGGUGACCACUCUACCAGAGCUACACCCCACCACACUUCAGGCAACCACACUACCAGAGCUACACCCCGCCACACUUCAGGUGACCACUCUACCAGAGCUACACCCCGCCACACUUCAGGCGACCACUCUAUCACAGAGCUACACCCCGCCACACUUCAGGUGA